AUGACGUCGUGCGGCGACACACGAGCAGACCUGGAACUGCUCGUUUCCCUAACACGCAGGCCACAAUGUGUCCAACAUGGUGCCGAGGCCACGACUUCAGCUCUGGGCGGUGAAGGACCCGCUCCGUUGCCUUCCUCUGCUUUCUAUAACUUUGCAGAUACCUAUUCAUUGGAGGCAUCCCUGGAGCACUCCCCUUCAUGCUCGUCAGUACAAGUGAAAGUGCAUUUCUGCUCACAGUGCAGCUAUGUGACCAAAAAAAAAUCGGAUCUCAAGAGACAUCUUCGCACCCACACGGGCGAGCAGCCCUUCCCGUGCCACUUGUGUCCAGCUGCAUUCACUCGAAACAGCAAGCUCGUGGCUCAUUUGCGCACCCACACUGGAGAACGCCCCUAUUCCUGUAUUCACUGCGAUGCAUCCUUUUCACUCAAUAGCACCCUCAAGGCCCACAUGCGCACCCACACAGGAGAACGUCCCUAUUCCUGUAUUCACUGCGAUGCAUCCUUUUCACUCAAUAGCACCCUCAAGGCCCACAUGCGCACCCACACAGGAGAACGUCCCUAUUCCUGUAUUCACUGCGAUGCCUCCUUUUCGUUCAGAGAAGCCCUCAAGACCCACUUGCGCACCCACACAGGAGAACGUCCCUAUUCCUGUAUUCACUGCGAUGCAUCCUUUUCACUCAAUAGCACCCUCAAGGCCCACAUGCGCACCCACACAGGAGAACGUCCCUAUUCCUGUAUUCACUGCGAUGCAUCCUUUUCAGUCAAUACCACCCUCAAGGCCCACAUGCGCACCCACACAGGAGAACGUCCCUAUUCCUGUAUUCACUGCGAUGCAUCCUUUUCACUCAAUAGCACCCUCAAGACCCACAUGCGCACCCACACUGGAGAACGUCCCUAUUCCUGUCAGCAAUGCAAUGCAACCUUUUCGUUUAAAACGGCCUUCAAGACCCACAUGCGCACUCAUACGGGGGAGCGUCCCUUUUCGUGUGACCAAUGCCACGCGUCGUUUUCGCAGAGGUCGCAUCUUGUUAGGCACAUGCGCACCCACUCAGGAGAGCAUCGUUUUUCUUGUGACCAAUGCAGUGCAUUCUUUCGUCGCCAAGCCACGCUAGCUCGGCACAUGGCAGUUCAUUCCAAAGAGCGACCGUUUUCCUGUGUCUUGUGCCCUGAAUCCUUUACCCGGAAAAAGGAACUCGGAGAUCACAUGCUUCAUUGCCAUGAAAAGAAGAUGACUUAAUUGUGAGUGGCAUAUAUUUUUUUUUCGUGUGUGUGGGGACAGUGGAGGUUUAAUAGUCUACGGCUUGAUAAGGCAAUGUAAUGUCCUUGGAAAUGAAAUGAGUUUUAGAUGCCAGAAAAUUAGAGUUUCUUGCAAAAUGUUCUUUUUCCACAUUUCUGAUAUUCAUUGCAGCACAUUCUUUUCAAGGUAACAGCGCUGCUAUAAAAGUAAGGGACCUACAGGCUUUCUUUGAAGAGGGGUGGGUGGAAUUGGAUGGCAGGGUUUGUUCAGGUAAUAGUGUAACUGUUAGUUGAGGCUAGGAAAGUGGCAUCAAUCUUCAAGUCACUCUGUCGAAUGGCACCAAUUUCUGGAAGCAAUCAAAUGUUAAAAAGAGAGUUAUAAGCAGAGUCCGCUAAUGUCAGGGUCUGCCCAUAACACCGGAAUGAGCCAGUCUUCGAGGAGAAGUUCUGUAGAUGAGCUGGAGGUGCAAAAAGCAACAGUGUUUGUUUACAUGAAUAGUGGUUACAUAUCUUUAUGUUACUGAUGUUAAUAAGUUUACACAGAUUCAACAAAAGAGCAUAUUUCUUCCUGUUUCUAUUGCAAUCCAUCCUGUUUGAAGGAAGAGCCCCAAAGAUUACAUGCACACCCAUACUGGGUAACACCCCUUUAUCUGUGGCAACUGCAGUCUGUACUUUUCAUCCUGAGAGCAUUCAAUCUGCAACAGGUCCCACCGUCAUGCAAACAAGGUGCCCUAAAGAUCAGGGGAAUGCAGCCGUUUUUUCGUGAGCUUUAGUUGAUUGAAGUUCUGUCGUUGCUGUUGAUUUCCACUUGCUGGGAAGGUUUUGGAAUUCCUCGCUGUUUGAGUUUUCUUUAGUAUGUUGCUUUCAGUGGCUUCUGUCGUGGUUACUUUCAACACGAGCGAAGAAGUUGAAUGUUAGGCUCGCAUUGAAUGUGGACCGCAGAGUUUUGUUUAGUAUUGCUCAGCACAUCUAGCAUACAUAAAUUUAGUUACUUUUUCUGUGAAAUGACCAAUGACCAUUUGUUAGUCUGCUGUAUGUAACCAGACUCUCCUUUAUAAUUCUUUGUAUAAGUUUAUCGUACAAAUAAACAUAAUUGAAAUUUGUA